AUGCACGUCGGUAGCAAGCUCCUCGAGGAGGAAGCCUCUGGGAGACCGGGCAUCUCCUUCGAGUUCUUCCCCCCCAAGACCGCCCAGGGUGUGCAGAACCUGUACGACCGCAUGGACCGCAUGCACGGCCUGGGCCCCGCCUUCAUCGACAUCACCUGGGGCGCCGGUGGUCGCCGCGCCGAGCUGACCUGCGAGAUGGUCAAGGUCGCCCAGACCGUCUACGGCCUCGAGACCGUCAUGCACCUCACCUGCACCGACAUGCCCCGCGAGAAGAUCGAUGCCGCCCUCGAGGCCGCCUACAACGCCGGCUGCACCAACAUCCUGGCCCUCCGCGGCGACCCCCCGCGGGAGCGCGAGAAGUGGGAGGCCGCUGAGGGCGGAUUCCGGUAUGCCAAGGACCUGGUGCGGUAUAUCCGGGAGAAGUAUGGAAACCAUUUCGACAUUGGUGUUGGAGGAUACCCCGAAGGCGCCGACGAUAACCGGGAUGUCGACCUGCUGAUCGACCAUCUCAAGGAGAAGGUCGACGCUGGCAGCUCGUUCAUCAUCACGCAGAUGUUCUACGACGUCGACAACUUCCUCAACUGGGUGCAGAAGUGCCGCGACCGCGGCAUCAAGGUGCCCAUCGUCCCGGGGAUCAUGCCCAUCUCCACCUACUCCGCCUUCAUCCGCCGCUCGAACUGGACCAAGAUCCGCAUUCCUCCCGAGUGGCUCGAGGCGCUGGAGCCGGUCAAGAACGACGACGCGCAGGUGCGGAACAUCGGCACCCAGCUGGUCGCCGACAUGUGCCGCAAGCUGCUGAAUUCGGGCAAGAUCCACCACUUGCACUUCUACACGAUGAACCUGGCCCAGGCGACUAGAAUGAUUUUGGAGGAGCUCAAGCUGACGCCGUCGGAGGAGAUGCCACUGUACAAGCCUCUGCCCUGGCGACAGUCGCUCGGGCUGCGCCGGAGAACCGAAGAUGUGCGUCCGAUCUUCUGGCGCAACCGGCACACGUCGUACAUCGCGCGCACCCAGACGUGGGACGAGUAUCCGAACGGACGGUGGACGGAUUCGCGGUCUCCCGCGUUUGGCGAACUGGACACGUACGGGGUUGGUCUCAAGGGGACCAACGAGGAGAACGUCAAGCUGUGGGGAGAGCCGCAGUCGUUGAAGGACCUGUCGGACAUCUUCAUCCGCUACCUGGAAGGCAAGCUGGAGCGGCUGCCGUGGAGUGACACGCCCAUCACGGCGGAGACGGACGUCAUCAAGCCGGAUCUGAUCGACCUGAACCGGCGGGGCUUCCUGACGAUCAACUCGCAGCCGGCGGUGAACGGGGCCAAGUCGUCUCACCCGGUGUACGGCUGGGGUCCGCGGAACGGAUACGUGUACCAGAAGGCGUACCUGGAGCUGCUGGUGCCGCCGGACGUGGUGGGCGAGCUGAUCGCGCGGAUCGAGAAGAACGACGAUCUGACGUACUACUGCGUCAGCAAGACGGGCGAGCUGCGGAUGAGGAACGGCGAGGGGCCGAAUGCGGUGACGUGGGGGAUUUUCGCGUCGAAGGAGAUUAUCCAGCCGACGAUUGUGGAGAGCAUCAGCUUCAUGGCGUGGAAGGACGAGGCGUACUUGCUGGGAGAUGAGUGGGCGAAAUGUUAUCCAGCGGAGAGUGCUAGCCGCAAGCUCAUCCAACGGAUAAUGGACGAGUGGUAUCUGAUUAAUAUUGUCAACAACGACUUCCACAAGACGCACGACAUCUUCCAUCUCUUCCAGGGGCUGUCCGUGAAGAACAUCGACCAGAGAGUCGAAGCAGAGCCAGCGGACGGCGAGGCUGCCACAAACGCAGCGUCAGCAUAA